AGGAAUUUGGAAUCUACCUUAAUUAUGUCCGUAAGCUUAAUUUCGAAGAAAACCCCGACUAUGAUUUUUUGAGGGAGUUAUUCACCAAAGUCUUAAAGAAUUCUAAUGAGAUAGAAGAUGGCGUUUAUGAUUGGAUGCUAUUAAAUGGUGGCAAAGGAUGGGAAGCAGGCUCGCGGAAAGAUGACGGCACACUUAAUCCUGAAACUAACACCCGCGUAACACUUCAUGGUACCUCCUCUCAGCCAUAUAGCAACGCUGGAAUUCAUCAAACUUCUAAUCUUCAUAUUCAUCAUGGCUCAUCUGAUCCGCGCCUUCAUCGUUCAUCCCUUAAUCGUGGUCCAUCCAUGAACCGCAGCCAGCAACAAAACCCUCCAUCACCUGCUUUAGUUCAUCAAAAUUCUAAGGCACAGCGAGGGACAGGAAAGAAACACAACAGUGCAAUUUUGAAUUCUGGAGUCGAAGAUUUGAAUAAUCCAUACUCUGGUCGUGCUGGUAUGAACGGAGGCAACGGUGGAAACGUUAAUGGUAUUCAAGGAAACAAUGGUGCUGAUUCAAACUCUCAUCGGAGACGAGGAAUUUGGCAAAAGUUCAUCGGAGCUAAACCUGAAGAGUCAGAUCUUAAAAAAUUAAGUGCAAUUUUGGAUUUACCGCAGCAAUACCUUACAAAUGAUCUUGGAGCUCAAACUUUUUUUCCUAUGCGUGGGGGAUUAUUUGAACUCCCUCCAAGAGAUCCUUUGAUUUAUCGUUUAUAUGAAAUCAUGCAGAUUUAUGGACUUCCAUUAAAGGAAGUUAUUAAUGAAAAGUUUGGUGAUGGAAUUAUGUCUGCUAUCGAUUUCACCGCAAAUGUUGAAAAGGUUAAAGGAAAAGAUGAUUCUAAUAGAGUAAGAAUAAUAUUCGAGG